AUGGCUCCGGCUCGUAACAAGGCCAUCUCCGAAGACGUACGAAAGUUGUUGAGCGCCGGUAUUAUAAGAGAGGUGCGUUACCAAACCUGGGUCUCCAACCCAGUUAUGGUAACCAAGAAGGAUAAAACCUGGAGGAUGUGCGUCGAUUUUUCAGAUCUAAACAAUGCGUGCCCAAAGGAUUGCUAUCCUUUGCCAGAGAUUGAUUUGAAGAUAGACUCCCUCUCAAGUUUCCGUCUCAAGUGCUUCUUGGAUGCGUAUAAGGGUUAUCAUCAAAUCCAAAUGGCUUCGGAAGACGAAGAUAAGACCGCGUUCGUAACAAACGAGGGACUAUUCUGUUAUACUAAAAUGCCAUUCGGCUUAAAAAACGCCGGAGCCACAUACCAGAGAUUGAUGGAUAAAGCGUUCAAAGCUCAGAUCGGAAGAAACUUGGAAAUCUAUGUCGAUGACUUGGUCAUAAAAAGCCGGGAGGAAGACGACAUACUUGAAACCUUUACAAGGCUUCGGAGUAUCAACCUCAAACUCAAUCCCAAGAAAUGCUCUUUCGGCUUGGAAGAGGGAAAAUUCCUCGGGGUAUGGGUCACGCGAUCCGGAAUCCAGGCGCACCCGGAUAAAAUCAAGGCAGUAGUCUCCAUGCAGCCUCCUAAAACCAUCAAAGAGAUCCAGUCCCUAAACGGGAAACUCGUCGCUCUCCAUCGUUUUGUUUCAAAAGCAGCAGACCGCUCCAUCCCUUUCAUGAACGUAUUAAAAAAGCGAACGGCAAAAGGCCAAAUAGAAUGGACGUCAGAAGCAGACUCGGCAUUUCAGGAGUUAAAGUUAUGCCUCGGGUCUCUGCCUACUUUGACCGCACCAUCUACCGGAGAAACCGUCACGGUAUAUCUAUCUGCGUCCCAUUUUGCGAUAAGCGCAGUACUUGUAGUACACCGGAACCAGGCACAAAUCCCGGUCUAUUACGUAAGCCGCAUCUUGAAAGACUACGAAACUCGGUACCCGAUGAUAGAAAAAUUGGCACUCGCCUUGGUACAUGCUUCCAGACGCCUCCGAAGGUACUUCCAAGCUUUUAAUAUAGAAGUACAGAACGAUCUCCAGAUCCAACAAAUCCUCAGGAAGCCAGAGGUCUCCGGGCGUCUCACCAAAUGGGCAAUAGAGCUCAGUGCCUUUGAUAUCACUUAUCGUACCAGAGGUCCAGUAAAAGGGCAGGCAGUAGCUGAUUUCCUCACAGAAGUCCCGACCGGAGAAAGCAUCAAAGGUCAACCCAUCUUACCGAAGGUAUGGAACCUGUAUACGGACGGGGCUUCCAGCAAAGAAGGGUCGGGAGCAGGGUUAAUUCUGAUAGAUCCGGAGGGAAUAGAGUACACUUACGCAUUACGUUUCGAAUUCAAGACGUCAAAUAAUGAAGCAGAGUAUGAGGCUCUCCUUGCAGGCUUGCAAACCGCAGCCAAAGCAGGUGCAACCUCCGUAUUAGCUCAUGUCGAUUCAUUACUGGUAGCCAAUCAAGUCAGUGGCGAAUACGAGGCACGAGAAGAUAAUAUGGUUCGGUAUCUACAGCAGGUCAACAGUUUAAUCUCCUCUUUCGAUUCUUGCAAAAUAGUGCACAUACCGAGAAGCAAAAACAAAAAAGCCGAUGCUCUGAGCAAACUGGCAUCCGUAGCAUUUUGCCAUCUGUCAAAAGAGGUUCUAGUCGAGACCCUGCAGACUCCGGCCAUCCAACAGACGAGGCCGGUCAUGUCAGUCUCCGUGGCCGAAAAGUCUUGGAUGACUCCGAUCGUGAAUUACUUGAAAAAUGGUGCGCUCCCAGAAGACAAGGCUCAGGCACGGAAGUUAAAAGUAAAAGCACUGCAAUAUCAGAUACACGAUGGUCAGCUCUACAGGAAGACCUUUUUAGGCCCGCUCCUAAAAUGCCUAACCCCAGAGGAAGCAAGUUACGUUAUAAGGGAAAUACAUUGGGGAAUAUGCGGCAUCCACGCGGGGCCAAGGAUGGUUAUUGCAAAGGUCAUGAACGCCGGGUACUUUUGGCCAGGAAUGCAUCAAAGCGCAGUAAAUGAGCUCCAGUCAUGCGAAGACUGCCAACGCCACGCUCCCGUGAGUCAUCGUGCCAAAAACAAUCUCGUACCUGUAACCUCGGCUUGGCCAUUCCAGAAAUGGGGAAUUGACAUCGUAGGUCCUUUCCCCGUCUCCACCGGAGGAGUAAGAUUUCUACUAGUCGCCAUCGACUACUUUACUAAAUGGGUUGAAGCUAAGCCCCUCCGGACGAUCACAGGAGACCAAGUGCUGAGGUUCGCAUGGGAAAACAUAGUGUGCAGGUUCGGAAUGCCUCUUUGCAUAGUGAGCGACAAUGGUAAACAGUUUGCAGAGAAGCCGUUUAAAACAUGGUGCCAAAGAAUGAACAUCGAACAGAGCUUCGCUUCGGUGGCCCAUCCCCAGGCCAACGGGCAAGUGGAAAGAACCAACCGAAGUAUCGUGGAAGGAAUUAAAAAACGGUUGGGGAAGGAAGGCGUUUCAUGGGCAGACGAACUUCCGCAUGUCCUAUGGGCACACCGAACCAUGCCUAAAACAAGCAACAAAGAAACUCCUUUCAGCUUGACAUACGGCACCGAAGCUGUCAUACCCGCAGAGGUAGGGAUCCCCACGCCCCGCAUACAAUUAAGCCAGCAAGAAAACGAAAGAGAACUCCGUUUAAACCUCGAUUUAAUCGAAGAGAGGAGAGAACUCGCGGCAAUCCGGGAAGCCAAGUAUAAAAAAGAGUUGGAAAAACACUACAACUCCAAAGUUAAGGAAACCCGGUUCAAGAUCGGAGAAUAUGUUAUGCGGAACAAUGAAGCAAGCUUAGCUGAAGGAACGGGGAAGUUAGCCCCCAAGUGGGAAGGGCCCUAUCAGAUCAAAACAGCAGGAAAAGACGGCGCCUACACCUUAAGCAAGAUGGAUGGAACCUCCGUUCCGCGUACUUGGAACGGAGUGCACCUUAAAAAGUGUUAUCUUUAG